CGCAGGCGCGCGCGGCGCGGGCUGGGCUCGGCUCCGGCGGAGCGUCCAGGCGUCCGGGGCGCGCGCGGGCCGGGCUGGGUGCCCCGCGGCGGCGGCACGGGCGGCGGCACCAUGUUCCUGCACUCCGUCAACCUCGGGAACUUGGCGUUUUACGCCUUCAUGGUCGGCAUGGCCACCCUGGGGCUGUGGGACGUCUUCUUCGGCUUCGAGGAGAACAAGUGCAGCAUGAGCUACAUGUUCGAGUACCCGGAGUUCCAGAAAAUAGAACUUCCAAAGAAACUGGCAAAACGCUACCCUUCGUAUGAAUUAUAUCUUUAUGGAGAAGGAUCCUACGCUGAAGAACACAAAAUCCUCCCUUUAACGGGAAUCCCCGUUCUCUUUCUUCCCGGGAAUGCUGGAAGUUAUAAGCAGGUGCGGUCCAUCGGCUCCAUUGCACUGAGGAAAGCAGAAGACAUCGACUUCAAGUACCACUUCGACUUCUUUAGUGUGAACUUCAACGAAGAGCUGGUGGCACUGUAUGGGGGAAGCCUGCAGAAGCAGACCAAGUUCGUGCAUGAGUGCAUUAAAGCAAUUCUCAAACUCUACAAGGGUCAAGAAUUUGCUCCAAAAAGUGUGGCAAUAAUUGGUCAUUCUAUGGGUGGCCUUGUUGCAAGGGCAUUGCUUACACUGAAAAAUUUUAAACAAGAUCUGCUGAAUCUUCUUAUUACACAAGCCACCCCUCAUGUGGCUCCCGUGAUGCCCUUAGACCGGUUCAUUACAGAUUUUUAUAUGACUGUAAACAACUAUUGGAUUCUAAAUGCUAGACACAUAAAUUUAACCACGCUUUCUGUAGCUGGAGGAUUCCGGGAUUACCAAGUUCGUUCCGGACUGACUUUUCUACCAAAACUAAGCCAUCAUACCAGUGCCUUAUCUGUUGUGAGCUCAGCAGUACCUAAGACCUGGGUCUCCACAGAUCACCUCUCCAUUGUGUGGUGUAAACAGUUGCAGUUGACUACAGUUAGAGCAUUCUUUGAUCUGAUUGAUGCUGACACUAAACAAAUCACUCAAAACCCCAAGAAGAAAUUGUCGGUUUUGAAUCACCACUUUAUAAGACACCCAGCAAAACACUUCGAGGAAAAACCAGCAAUAAUUUCCGACUUAACAGUGACGCCGCUGUGGGUUCCAGUAAAAGUGUCAAAGUGGACCUACGUGGCUUAUAAUGAAUCUGAUAAAAUAUAUUUUACAUUUCCUCUUGCAAAUCAUAGGAAAAUCUACACUCAUGCCUAUUGUCAGAGCACCAUGCUGGAUACAAAUAGUUGGAUUUUUGGCUGCAUAAACAGUACUUCUAUGUGCCAGCAAGGGGUUGACUUAUCAUGGAAAGCUGAACUGUUGCCAACAAUUAAGUCUCUGACGUUAAGACUUCAAGACUAUCCAUCUUUGUCACAUCUUGUUGUUUAUGUACCAUCUAUUCAUGGAAGUAAGUUUGUUGUAGAUUGUGAAUUCUUUAAAAGAGAGACAAGGUCCAUACAGCUUCCUGUAACUCAUCUUUUUUCCUUUGGAUUAUCUUCAAGGAAAGUGAAAUUAGACACAAGCGGCCUGUUCUAUAAUAUAGAGCUUCUGAACUUCGGACAGAUAUACCAAGCUUUUCAAGUCAACGUAGACAGCAAGUGCUCAGGAGUCAAAGAAGAAAUAACUAGUAUCUAUAAACUUCACAUUCCCUGGUCUUAUGAAGAUUCGCUAACCAUUGCACAGGUCCCAUCUUCAACAGAAAUUUCUCUGAAACUCCAUGUUGCCCAGCCAGACAAUGACAGCCACGUCGCGUUAUUAAAAAUGUACACAUCUUCCGACUGUCAGUAUGAGGUGACGAUUAAGACUUCCUUUCCGCAAAUACUUGGACAGGUCGUUAGGUUUCACGGUGGAGCUCUUCCUGCUUACGUUGUCUCGAGCAUCCUUCUUGCUUAUGGGGGACAGUUAUCCUCUCUCUUCUCAGCAGGUCAUUGCUUGGAGUAUGCUACGAUGUUGGAUAAAGAAGCCAAACCAUACAAAGUGGAUCCUUUUGUAAUUAUGAUUAAGUUUCUGUUGGGGUAUAAGUGGUUUAAGGAAAUAUGGGAUGUCUUACUCUUACCAGAGUUAGACGUCAUCGUCUUGACCAGUCAGAGCAUGUGUUUCCCCCUGGUCUCCUUGAUUCUCUUUCUGUUUGGAACGUGCACUGCCUACUGGGGUGGCCUGCUCUCGUCCACAGCCGUGAGGCUCCUGUCCUCACUGUGGCUCGCACUGAAGAGGCCCUCUGAGCUUCCUAAAGACAUCAAGGUGCUCUCACCAGACUUGCCCCUGUUGACGGUUGUUUUGAUCAUAAUUAGUUGGGCGACUUGUGGAGCAUUUGCCAUACUUCUUACUUAUCUUUACUAUGUGUUUAAGAUUGUUCAUCUACAAGCCAGUGUAACAAAUUUUAAAAAUAGCCAAACUGUGAAUCCGAAACACUCGCGGAGGAGUGACAAGAGGUGCAGUCAGCACAAGGACGCGGCGGCCCACCCGCCCCGCCUGUCGGCCAGCGAGGCCGAGGACAGCCUGCGCAUGCACAGCACCGUGGCCACCCUGCUGGCCUGGGUGGUGCUGCUCUGCGCGCCCUCGCUCAUCUACUGGUUCAAGAACCUGCGGUAUUACUUUAAACUUAAUCCUGAUCCAUGUAAACCUUUGGCAUUUAUCCUUAUUCCAACUAUGGCCAUUCUUGGAAAUACUUACAAUGUUUCAAUAAAAUCAAGUAAAUUGUUGAAGACUACUUCCCAGUUCCCACUUCCUCUGGCGAUCGGUGUGAUUGCUUUCGGGUCCACACACUUGUACAGGGUCCCCUGCUUUGUCUUCAUCCCUCUCGCCCUCCACGCCUUGUGCAACUUUAUGUGAGGCAGGACUUGGGGAGCGCUAAGUAUGACCUUUGCCUUUGGGCUCGGUGGCCAGAGGGACCGCACAGAUCCGUCAGCGUGGACAAGACCCUUUGGAGAAGACGCAUCUAUUUUUACAAUGUUGAAAAUAGGAAAUUAGUUUUGUAAUGCUUGCAGGGCGUCGUGGAAGCAUGGCUUGUUUUGUGGUGUGGCGUCUGUGUCCUAGUCGUUGGUUUUUAAUUAGUAAAAGGACAAGGUGGACACGGUCUGUGGGGCCUGUCUGCCCAUCAGCUAGUCCGACUGGCCACGCAGGUAGGGAUCGUCUCCUAAACACUCAGUAAAGGUGGUGCAUUCGGCUCAUUUCAUCAAACUUUCUUCUGAGAAGUGGGAUACUUCGUAUUUGCUACAGUACUCUAUUGUGAAAUAAGUCUUAAAAAGUGGAUGAAAUUCACAGCUGUGUGGUUCCUCAAAAAUGAAGUGGCCACGAAGAGUCUUUGGUCAGCUUUCAGCAGCCACGGCGAACAAAAUAGAUCUUUCCUUUUUUUCUUACAUCAGUGAAAAUACACUUUUUUAUUCUAAGGAGGCAUGUUUUCUUAGAAACCAAUGCAACGCUGAUGGAUGGACACAUAAUUCAAACGCAAGACGUAAUGAGAUUAUCUUGUGACUUUUCAAAAUGCAGAUCUUAGUUUUAUCCUUAGUUAACAUGAAGACAGGAUAGCAGGUCCGUUGUUCAAUUUAUACCACUUUAUUUACCAGUUUAACCAUUGACCAUGGUUGCCCAAAGUGCCUCGGGUCAAGAAGGAGUGUUAAAAUAACUAAUUUUCAGUGGUCAGAAAAAAACUCCAGGUUUGCACAGUUUUUGACUACUGUUGGCGGGGGUGGGGGGGUGGGGGAAGGUUAGCAUGAUCAAGUGCAGUACCACAUUUGAUGCAUAAAAUUAUAAUAAUGGAGUAACAGACAAACUGUUAACCCCAUUAACAGCAUAUGUAUAAAUAAGUUGGAGGCUUUAGCCACUAGAUUUAACAGGUGGAAUGUUGAUUUGCCAAGGUGAUUACUAUUUGACAGAUGAGAGAAUAGUAUUUCUACUUCAGAUUGCAGCUCACUUUCAGCCAGAAGAGUAGGAAGGAGGAUAUGGAGCUGGGUGUCUUUGCCUUAAGACAGCAUAAACUCAGGCGGAGCUAUGCCUGGCCACUAGAGUCCUUCCUUUAGAUGUAUCUGCUGUAAGUACCUACAACCUCUCAAGUCCUUACGUCUCAGUGAUUCCACUGCUGCCCCCGUAAGCUGGCGUCCUCCUCAGAGCCCAGGAAUGCCCUGGAGUCCAGCCUAUCUGCCAUUGCACCUGGAUCCCGUACACCUCUCAGCUGCUACUGCCUGUGGAGGGCUGUCCCCAUGUUCCUGCCUAUACAGGGUCCCCCGCUUCUCUUCCCGGUGGUUCCUCAGGUCCUUGCUCUUUUGGCAUCAGUUAGCGAGGGUCUUGCUGUCUUUUCUGAGACUUACAAGUUUGGUCGAUUCCAUUGUUGUCUUUCUCAGCUUCAUGCCUAAUGUUCCACAGUCAUAUUUGCACUUACGAAUUCCAUGAAAGGGAAGUGUUAUUAGCCUCAGAGUCAACAGGGCGGAUGUGCCCGGCUCUUAUCUGAGAGAAGUAGCCAAAGGGAUAGAUACAGAGUGCAUGUGUGUUCAGCACCAGGAAGGAAAGAGUUUCGUAGAUUGUACACCUGUCCCAGGGCCUGCCAUGUAUAUAUUUAAAUAAGGACACAUCUGCCUAUGUUUAGCUAUACAUGUUCUCAUAAACAACUUUUAUACCCGUGGUAUCUUUUACUUUUUCACGGAUGUAAUUGUACUUCAGGUUACAGACUAACUGUGUUAUUUAACUCUUUCUGGACUUGAAGUUGGGCUUAUAUACAGAAAGAACUUUAGAGAAUUCAUGAAUGUGAAUCCUCCGUUGACAGCCAUAGCCACUGGGUCUUUGUGAUCUGGAGUCUCCUUGUUUAAUCAGUACUGCUCAUGAAUAAAAUGUAGCAAGCUUAUAUUUCUUGUUUGUGAAUAGUACAUUAGCUUUUUAAAAAAAAUUUAUUUUUAUUGAUUUCAGAGAGGAAGGGCAAGAGAGAUGGAAACAUCAAUAAUGAGAGAGAAUCAUUGAUUGGCUGCCUCCUACACACACCCUACUGGGGAUUGAGCCCCCCCACCCAGGCAUGUGCCCCGACCAGGAAUCAAACCCAGAACCUCAUGGUCCAUGGGACAAUGGAUGCUCAAUCCACUGAGCCACCACAGCCGGGCUACCUUAGCUUUUUAAAGAGGCAGACAAGGUACAACUGAUGCUCACUAAAGCAUUUUCAUGUGAAUGUCAUUAUCAAGUCCUAAAGUCUUAUUUAUUCCAACAAGAUAUUUUCAUUUUAGAACAACAAAAAGGAUUCUAAUUAAACAUUUUAGAAACAGCAGUUGGUCUUUAGCCAUGAUAUGCAUCAAUAUAUGCACUUUUUUAUUUUGUUUUUUAACAUUUUGACAGGGUCUUCACCAAGUCUUAAUGCACUUUAAACCCCGAUGCCCACCAGGGGUGAGAAGGCAGCUCUGAGCUGCGCAGCGCUGAUGGUCUGUCACUGAGUGAAGGAAAGGGCUCCUGUGUUGGUUGCACAUCGUUUCUGUCUUGCUUGCAGCCCGUGCUCUUAGCUGGCCCAGCAGCACAGCUUCAUCAGUGACGCUGCUAAAGAUGAGAUUGUCUGUUGGUAGUCAGGGACCAUCUACUGCAUCAGACUUCUGGGCUCUGAUGUUACAGCCUUUUUAUUGGGAGCUUGCUGAGUGUUGAGGAAGGUUUUGCUUAUAAAAAUCACCACUGGACCUGUUGUUGGUCACGGGGGCAGGAAAGCCACUCCGCACUCUGUAUCGCUAAGCCUCCUCAGACGUGACUGCUCUUACGGUCUAGAGCUGAUAACACCAGAGAGAUCAUGAAAGCUCUUUUUCUCUGGAUCUUUUUCAUGCCAGAAAUUAAACAAGUUCUGCCAACUCUUUUUCAUCAGAAUAGAAAAUAUUUAAAAUAGUGGUCCUAGAAAAAAAUCAUUUGUGCCAAGUUAACAUCAUUUUUUUUUUUUUUCAGUCUCUUCAGUAUUCAUCAAUCAUGUAUCAACCCAUCUUUUCCUAUUUUGGUCAGAUAAACCUAGAUAUGUAAUGGGAACCUUUUCUUGAUUGGACUACACUAUGAUAUCUACAUGACUGUACAGUGAGGAAAAAGCAAGGGCGAUAGUAGGCCCAGAAAGUGUUAUUGAUUAUCAUAUCCCUCACACAGACAGUGCUCAGAGGAGGCAUGCCAUCUGGUUUGUUCAUUAUCUAGUUCUAUACUUAACUCUUCAGAGUUUCCACUGAUAGGGUAGUUUAUUUCUCCUCACUGCUCCUUAGCACUUCUUACAGAAGAUGGUCAAGAGACAUAAAAGGAGAUGAAACUCAACUUGCAGUUUAGUUCCCAAAGGCUCUGGGGAAAAUGGGGGGAACACAAGAAUUAUGAGACAAACUAAGGCUAUUGAUUCUUGAAUCCCAGAUAAUAUACUUGGCCUAUAUUUUCACCUUAGGCAUUAUUACAUCUAAAUUAGUGUAAUGUCUUGCUUUAUUGUGAGGUUGAGCGCAGAAACUUCAUAUCAGUGCAUUUGCAAUUUUAGUAAAUUAAAACCAGUUGGGAACGUUUUUUAGAUGCGUCGGGACCUCCUGUGACUGGGCAUUGGUUGGCUACUCUUCCUCAUCCAUGCUGUAGAUUUGUGCCUUGUGAAGCUUUGGCCGGGGGUCGGGGGGGUCAAUUUGGAGAGCAUGGCACUCACUCCCCAGGGUACAGGAAGCUACAAAAAGCCUCUUCAAAUUAUGAAAAUAGACCCUGACCCCAAACUUUGGUGAAUAAAUGUAGAAGAUGAUUUUACAGAAUAUUAAGAUGAUUCGAGCUAAAUGUUAUCCCAGUCUCUUUUUUUUUUUUCAAUUAAAAUCUUUAUUGUUCA